GACGUAAACGUGACUGGUCAUCGGAGCCCUAGUCAAGACGAGAUGAGGAACUGCAUACAAGGCUGCAUCUUUGCUCUUGACGAAUAUGCUGGCAUGGUGAAAAGUCAGCUUUCGGUCCUGGACAUUCCUGGUGCCUCUGGUCUCCUGGAUAAGCCAGACCUGGUGCGCUCUUCUUUACGUUAUUCCUCCUUGACCUUGAAAUGGCACACGCCCAUCCUGGAGAACGUGACCUAUAAAGUUCACAAAAAGUUGGUUGACGUGGACAGUGGCUGGCAUUUACACGCGGACACUCGGUUCCGGCAGGACGGGAGGAUAGAACUCAGCAAGCUCCGACCUUAUGUGACUUACAAGUUCAAGGUUUUGGCGAUACUGUCUUCUCUACCUGAGCACAUUCUGGAGUCUCAGGAAACUGUUCAGAUCACCACAAAGGCCCAUGGAGCACCCACCACCGCGCCACAGAUCACCUCCCUGACCACGCCCUCUCCCAGGGUAAUCUCUUUGACCUGGCGCCCACCAGUCUUCACCAAUGGUCAGUUGCUCAGCUAUCGCAUCUACGUCCAGGCAGUUGAUCACCCAGUGGUAAAGCCAACUACUCUUGAGGUGCAAUGGAACGCCAGCUCGUGGCUACUGAGCCAGCUGUUGUCCUCCCAACGUUACGUCAUCUCGCUGUCCGCCUGGAACGCCGAGGGCGAGGGACCAAAGACCAGUCGCACCAUCAGCACACCCAACCCGGGCAACUUGUCAGCGCACGAGACGCCCUAUUUAAUUUUAGGAACCGGAAAUCAGAUUGUGAAGCGGAACAUCCUGGACGUAAUCCAGUACGCUACGGAGUAUUCGGAUGAGCUCUACUCCAACCCAGACCCUAACGAGUACAUACGAGCUUUCUGUAUUACGUCAUCAAUGGCGAAGGUCAAGGUUUGUACCGUAUCGACCUCGGAGAUAUCUCUCACAAGUGGACCUCUUCAUCGACGUCCCUCCCUUCGUCCGCCACAAAUACGCCAAAAGCCGAACUGAUUGUGGCGAUGAGCGAUCUCCGAACCCACGUCAUUGACUUUGACAACGUGCACCUGUACCUCGUGAACAGCUCAGCUCGUACCAUGCAAGCAGCGUUCCUCGAUGGCUCCAACAUGAGACCCUUCCACGAGGACACGGUCAACUCUGCCUUCAGUGAUGUGUCCAGCAUUGCCUUCUACAACCAGACCUUCAUCUGGACGAAUGGUAGCAAGAUGUACGUGGAGGAGUACGAGUCUCACUACAAGAAAUACAUGCACAACGAGCUGCUGUUCUUCACGCCUCCAUACAUGGGACUCAAUGUGUACCACCCGAGCGCCCAGCCCACACCAGUUCCUUCCAGUGCUCCCGACAAGGUGGAGGCACUGUUUACGCACAAGUUGGCCUACAUACGAUGGAAGCCACCGCCGCGCCUGCAAUACCAAGGUUUUGGAGCCUGGAACAAUUGGACGUAUGAGUUACAACUAGCCCUGUCACAUGACGGCCACAGUGUUGUGGGCGACGUCCAGGAGUACAGCAUCGCUGACCUCAGCCUGUCCGUGUCUGGUCUGAAGGCAGACUCAAUCUACGUCAUCAAGGUGCGAGCGAGGUCAGAAGCGGGAUUCGGGCCCUGGUCCGAGAACUUCGUUGGCCGGACUCUGAAAAAAGACGGGUUAAGCAUCCUGAUGGCUGUGGCAGGAGGCAGUAUUGUCCAGCGGAACAUCAGUGAAGACUCACACACCACGGUAGUCAACUUCUUCUCUGAUGCUAUGGACCUGGCUUGGUAUGAGGACCUGGUCAUGUGGGUCACACAGGAUGGAACCCUAUCCCUUUACAAUCGGACAAGCCAUCUACGGAGACAGCUGGUGGCUGCAGAAGGGGCCUAUUGCCUGGCCUAUGAUUGGUUGGGUCACAAAGUAUACUGGUCGGAGCCAAGCCAAGGAGUGAUCCGGCGCUCCGACGUGCAAGGGCUGGGCGUGGAGUACAUCCGGCAGACCUCAGCUCGCGAUAUGGUCAUCGACUCUGUGGCUGGCCGCCUGUACUGGGCCACGCAGCACUCUGUGGACACGUGCUGGCUCAACGGGGAUGACCACAGGCAGCUGUUCUCUCUGCCUUACUUUAGUGGACGAUUUGUCAUCAGUUUGACUUUGGACCUGGACGCAGGGAAGGUUCUGUGGUACGUGAAGGGCUACGACACACAGAGUGUGUAUGCCGCAGACCUGUCUCCACCUCGGCCCGGCCAGAGUCCUACAUUUGAACACUUGGGAGACUUCAGCAGCAUUUCCAGCACGUCCGGCCUGCAGUAUUUCUCACAGCGCCUGUUCUGGCUGACCCAGCAGCGCAGUUUAGUGGUGGGAGACCUCAGCUGUAACUACACGUCCGCCGUCAGCUUCUACUCCAACGUCACCAGCUUCAGCGUGGUACACCCGGCCCUGCACAACUACCCAGCUGAGAUGAACAAAGAAGACGUGCAUGUCAUUCCAAACCCAAUCCGUUCCAAAGAUAUCCGCACGGAAGGAAACUUUUCAAACUUCAACCUGACCUGGCCCAGGUCCAGCGAAGUAACACACGGAACGGUUUUCUACAAAGUUUUCGUCGUGGUUGGGAGCAACAACAAACAUUUUACCACAGCUAACCAGUGGAAUGAGAUCGAUGGCCUGUCUCCAUACACUCUUCUAGAAGUCUCCAUACAGCCGUACACCUACUGGGGCUAUGCCGAGCCCACGACAGUCUCAGUCAGGUCGCCAAUGUCCAUCCCCACAGCACCGUUGUCGCCGGAGGUGUACGUGAACCACCACAAGAACGCCUCCACCUCACAGCAGUCUCUGGCCGCCGACUUCCACUGGAUGAGUCCACAGCACACCAACGGCAUCAUCAGCUACCACCUGGUCACCUACUGGAUGGGCGACGGGCCUGCUGGGGAGAGGACCACCGUCAGGGUCAAGGGCACCGGCCAGCACUACAUCCUGUCCCCUCUAGUCAAGUCCCAGACUUAUCAUUUCAAGGUGGUGGCCUGUACCAUGGCUGGAUGUGGACCAGAAUCCGUCACUAAGACCAUUGUAACAGAUGCUGGUAGAUUUGAAAGGCAAUGGCCGAGAUGUAACCAUCGACUGGAUCAGUAGAACUCUGUACACAGUGGAGAACGCCAGCCCAAACCGCAGCAAUGUGAUGCAGUUCAACAUGGACCACGGUGGCUACAGUCUUCUCGUGUCCAGGCCCGAACACAUCGGCAGCGUCAUCGCUGACCCCUACAACAGCGCAAUACUGUGGACGGAAAGAAGUGCCACGACAGGUCAAGGUCAAAUCAUGUCGGCCGACACGAGCACGGGUAAGGUGGAGGUUGUGCUCGGAGCGGGAAGCAGCCGGGUUCGUCGCAGCAGUAGCAGCUCCUCAUGCUCGUGCUCGAGCGCCCUCGACGUGGCCCCAGUCAUCGCCAUGAGUUACAAGCGACCCGACGGCGCCACAGAGAUCGUUUUCGCUGAUAAGAUAUCUGGCUCCAUCUACACCUCCGACAUCAGCGGCUGUCACUGUAGCCUUGUCUUUGAGCCCACAGCCCGUAUGAGAUAUGGUUUGCCACCAGAUCUGCUGGCCGUUGAUCACAAGCGAGUCACGUGGUACAACACGACAGAAGGACGGCUGUACAGCAUCAGCAAAAGCUCCGGACAAGGUCUCAUCGUCCAGGAUCUACCCGGGGUGCAGGAUAUCUUGGCCUACGGAUCACAUCUGCAGCCGUUACCAGACUCAGGAUGCCUGGAUCCCGGAGCCUACAACUCAACAGUAGAGACUGUGAGCAUCAACACGACGGCCAUCCACCUCCGCCUGUCUGCUCCGAUACGGCCGGCCGCCUGUGGGGGGAUCAGUGCCCCCGUGGACAAGUACACCGUCUACUACAAGAAGGUGGAGCCACACAAAGCUGGAGCCAGCCCCCAGGACUGCCAAAGCUCUGUGGAGUUGUGUCAGAUUCAGGAAGUUUACAGUACCACGGUUCACUUGACAAAGCUAGAACCAUACACAAAGUACCUGAUCCAGGUAGCUGUGAGCAACUAUUACACUCAGUAUUUGUCCAAGGCCAUGAGUGAACCUCUUAUCUUCACAACGAAAUUCGGAGUUCCUGACAAAGCCCGGGAUGUCAUAGUGACCCCAUUGACCCCCGAGAGAAUCCAGGUAAAAUGGCUGCCCCCUCACAAAUUCAACGGGCCUCCGGAACAUGUGAGCUACGUGGUGCAGUUCUCCACGGUGACGUCAGAGGGCCAUGUACAGCGGGAGACGGAGAAUGUCACCCUCAUGGCCAUGGACAUCCACAAGGGCUGGAUGCAGACCAUGCUGUCGGGGCUUGAGCCUGAUCAUCUCUACACCAUCAAGAGUUUUCCACCCUGACCAGCCUCUUGCGCCUACCGUGGCACAACUCAAGAACGGCGCCUACGAGGUGAGAUGGGAGGAGCCAGAAGACAACGGAGCACCAAUCAAUUACUACAUUUUGGAGUACAAGAACAUCGAGAUCGGCAAGUGGCUGACGGCGUACAACGGCUCUGUGGAGAGGUGGCUUGUGGAGACAUCCCGCCUGGAGCGGGGAAAGUCGUACGUGUUCCGGGUGUCUGCCGCCAACUCUCAGGGCAUGGGCUCCUUCAGUGUCAAUAGCUCCGUCUUUUUGGCCUCUUAUGUUUUCCGUGGGAUAAUGGAACUUAGUGCAGAAGUACAUGGACAUUGA